AGUAUCUUCCCUGUUCUCACAAAUAAAACCUGGCCAUCAGCCAUCAUGUUACCAGUUUAACAUUCUGUGUUUGCCUAGCCAAAUGGUUAGUGUAACUGUCGGUGCUGUUUGCUCUAAAAAAGAGAACUAAGCUCCUUCACUGGCUGUUAUCUUUAUCGUCAAUGGAAAAGAAUAGCACAAUAAAUAAUAAUCAGUUCACUACCCCUCUCCACAUCCAGACACUGACUGAGUUAGAGCCAGAUGACAGGAAGAGCUGUCGCUCUCUCUCACCUGUCAGUCUCUGCUGCUAAGGUGGGUCAAAGUGAUCUGACAGUCAUUUGCGAUACAGACAGCAUUUUAUGGAAAUUAACAGGGAUAUUCAUAUUGAAUAAAUUAGUUAUAUUUGCAGUUUUUCCUUACAGUUAUAAAUAGCUCCCCCCGAAAGUGGCCAAGCCCCUGUUUCCAAAUCCUAUUGACGUCCUUGACUGAGCCAAAGUUAUAAACAAACAAAAAACAUUAGGGGCAAAUUAACAAAGUUCAAGAGUGCUGUUAAUAUGCGUAAAUAAAAUAAUAAAUAACGGUUUUUUUUAGACUAAAUCGACAGAGAGUUCAUGCGGCAGUUGUCUGGAGACUGAAACUUUAGUGAUGCCUCUUAAAACAGAGACGAUCUUUUCCGUGACGUAGAUUCCGCGCGAAACUCGGUUUGGAAAAGCUAAAGUGAAAGACGACUAGUUAGAAAUGAGUAAAAAGGAUAACGGUGCCUCACUCAUUCUUGCCUAUCUUAAUGAGAAGAACCGACCGUACAGUGCUCAGGAUGUCUUUUGUAAUUUACAGAAGCAGCAUGGAUUGGGCAAAACUGCAGUGGUCAAAGCCAUGGAGCUGCUGGCUUUAGAGGGCAAGAUAAAGGAGAAAACAUACGGCAAGCAAAAGAUUUACUUUGCAGAUCAGUCUCAGUUCAAAGAUGUAAGUGAUGCAGACCUGAAGUCGAUGGACAGUCAGAUCUCAGAGCUCAGUGCAGAAGCGCAGUCCCUAACACAAAGCUGCAGACAGCUAGAUGCAGAGCUGAAGGAGCUAAACAGCUCCCUGACAACAGAGGAAAUGAUGUCAGAGAUCCAAGAGCUGAAAGCCGAGUGUUCUGGUUGCAGAGCUCGUCUGGAAAAGAUAAAGUCAGUCACAAAUCACGUCACACCUGAAGAGAAAGAGAAGGUUUACAAAGAGCAGACUGUUUAUGUCAAAGAGUGGAAAAAGAGGAAGAGACUGGCUUCAGACAUGAUAAAUGCAAUCCUGGAGGGAUAUCCUAAGAGCAAAAAGGAGUUCCUGGAUGAAGUCGGAGUAGAGACUGAUGAGGACUGUAAGGUGGUUGUUCCAAGUACUUGAAAGAACAAGAAAACGCUUGUUCAGCUACUUGAUCAACGGAAGCCUGUGCCGUGCUCAGCUAGGGAGAUAGAUUACACAUGACAGCAGCCUGAGCCACAGCACAUUACUUUAUUUAUGGCCUUUGAUUUGAACAAAUUGUAAAUCUUUAAUAAAGGCUGAAUGGAAAAACAAUUUUUGUAAUUUCAAAGUAUAUUCAUACAAAAACAGCUUUACAGACACUAACAAUGUCACAUAAUUAGACAGCACCGAGGGCAACAGUGUUUAAAACCAAUCCUGAACCUACGAUGAAAAUGUCAUCAAAUUAUUCUUUAUUGCUUUGAGAGGUUUACAUUCUUUGUUGUUCUUAUUACAUGUUUAAGUCUAUCUUGCUUGUUGUUGCACUUUUCCCCUCUCUUUUGUUAAUAACCCUUUGUACUGUUUUUUCACUCAGUGAAUUAAAUGACAACAAAUGAAA